GUCCUCGUCACUCCUCCGUUAUGCUCUUCGUAAGCCGGCGAAUUACACCGUACACUUGUAACAACCAACUCGGAGAAAGGGCCACGUUGAAAUUUUUUUUUUGCCAAAUCAGGAAUAGUUUGCACCUCACUGCGAGGAUCUCCAGUGUUCCCGAAGGGUUGACUCGACCAUCUUUUAAAAAUCUCGAGAUUUAUUUUGUGUUCUUUCUCUCUGGAAAUAUCUGAAGUCUGGGAUUAAAUUGAGAUGCGGGAGAGGCGGUGUGUUCAUCAACUGGCCGUCUGCGGUCUCCUGCUCUUUAUGAUGCCUUCUCAAGUGUUAUCGACGUGGUGGUUCAUCAGUCAACUCAGUGCGGUGGGCACCCGCAUCAUGUGCGACAACAUCCCGGGGUUGGUGGGCAAGCAGCGAGACCUGUGCCGUAACUACCCAGACGUGAUGGUCAGCAUCGGCCGGGGUGCGAGGGAGGGAGUCAAGGAGUGCCAGUACCAAUUCCGCAGCGGCCGCUGGAACUGCAGCACCAUGGACAGGGACACGUCCGUCUUCGGAAAGGUCAUGUUGAAAAAAGCCAGCAGGGAGGCUGCCUUCGUCUACGCCAUCUCCUCAGCCGGCGUGGUGCACGAGAUCACCCGGUCCUGCAGCAAAGGGGAGCUCCUGGACUGCGCCUGCGACCCGUCCAAGAAGGGCUCCAGCCGGGACGAGCACGGCGAGUUCGACUGGGGAGGCUGCAGCGAUAACGUCAAGUUCGCCCACGACUUCGCCCGGCAGUUCGUGGACUCUCGGGAACGGAAGGACCGAGACCCGAGAGCGUUGAUGAACCUUCACAACAACAGGGCGGGACGGAGGGCAGUGAUGAAGAACAUGAAGUUGGAGUGCAAGUGCCACGGCGUCAGCGGGUCCUGCUCCAUCCGCACCUGCUGGAAGGCCAUGCAGGACUUCCGAGAGGUGGGCGACUACUUACGGGCCAAGUACGACGAGGCCUCAGAGGUGACCAUGGGACAGGACGGCACGGGACUCAGCGUGACCAGGAACCACCGCAGACCCAACCGGGCCAACCUGGUGUACUUCGAGCAGUCGCCGGACUACUGCAAGAGGGAUCCUGAAACAGGCUCCCUGGGCACGGCAGGCCGAGUUUGCAACAAGACUUCCCAGGGUCCAGACAGCUGUGACGUCAUGUGCUGUGGGCGGGGCUACAACACCAUGCGUGUCCAGCGCACCAGCCAAUGCGAGUGCAAGUUCCACUGGUGCUGCUUCGUUCGCUGCAGCGAGUGCACCGAGACAGUCGACCAACACACCUGCAAAGGAGAGGCAAGCGUGGUAGGCAUCUUGGCUGAUGAUGGUCUGGUGUCUACCCAAACCCUGCAAGAUGGCAGCGAGGCACCCACGGCGGCCGAGGUGACCACUAAACCUAGGAGGCAGGGAACUAGACCAUCAAAGAGGCGGGACAGGAAACGCAGACGCGGCGGAGAUGACCAAUCAAGAAGCAGAGAAACACCUGUUGUGGGCAAUGAGCCGGUCAUUCAUAGUUCAGUAACAGCUCCUAUAUAAACUUCAAUCGCAGUAUUAAAACUUCGGGGAAGACUAUUCAGGCAACGGCCCCCUUUAUUUUUAGGCGUCAUUUUUUAUGGUGCAUGCUGCCCUUUGUGCUCUGUAAAUAGUGUACAAAUAUAUAUAUUAUUAUAAGCAACUGAGUAUUUUGUUGAUAAUUCUAUUAAUGUUUGAAUUAAAAUUACAACAUUGGCGAUUGUUGACACUUUCAUUUGGGAGCUAGGAUUUUGUACAAUAAGUUGGGGAUGUUGCAGUUGGUGGUGUGGACAUGUUUGCUUGCCCUAUGCAUAGUCGGUUCAAGUAGGGACAGAAGAUUUGUAGUCCUAUCGAUCAUUGUGUAGUUCACGACUCGAGUUUGACUGAAUUACCACUCGAACAUCCCUGUAGAAUAUCACAUCAAUACCACUUGCAUAUCAAGCGAAUAUUAACUGCAGUCCCUACACUACAGACGAACCGUGUAUGUUUGUGAAAAGCUGGGAGUGCGGCCUGACGCGGGAGAGUUUCACGGCUGCAGCUUUUGGGUGCCGUUGAAGCAGUGCGACAAUCCGUCAAAAGCCAUCGAAAGAAAAACCGCCCACUUAAAGGGAAUAUACAUCAUUGGCUUUUGCUGUAAUUUUCAGAAAUGAACUAUUUAAGGGGUUAGUAUAAU